GUUUGACAUCUGAUCUCGUGGAUCCCUUUGUGUGUUUUGUAAAAUUAUGAAAUUGUUUCAUUGUGGCUGGAAGCAGUCACUGUUUGAUGACUGUAUAAAUCUUCCACAUGAGGACAAAUUCGUUUUCGUCACCUAACCUUACAGUUGCUGGGGAGACACCAUCAAGUCCUGGUUGGAAUGUUGGUUUGAUGGAUGCUAUAAUCAUCAGUACGUUCUUUGGACUCAGAGAGAUGGUACACAGUACCUAUUCGGUUUCCACUGGAAGGAAAGGAGAGGCUACGCAGGAUGAAGUAACAAACCAGGCGGGGAGGUAUGAAUUUAUUGGUUUACAUGUUGGGAUCAUGUCGUCGGUCACCGUAUCCCCAUUCAAAAUGAGUCUUAUAAUUUGCCGUGUUCUUUUCGUAUUUUUUUCUGAUCAACUACAUCAUGGAACUUGGUUUCCUUUUAUUCCUGAUAGUUCGAGUUUCCUUGGCAGUUCUAGCCUGUCGACUAUGGCGUUCGAUUUUCAGUAAAGUUUCCAGUAGUUGAAGUUAUGUGGCUGUCUGUUUUUGCUAUGCGGUAUUCUCAAGUUCUUUUGUUUGGAAGCAACCAUGGAACUGUGUUUGUAACUGCCGGCGAAGGGAUCUGCGUUUAUCAUCACGCAGUUGCAUGAAUGUCCAUAAAGUGAUCACAUUUUUCGCGAAUUCGCUUGUGGAUAUGGCCGAGUCUGUUGUGUGAAUAAUCGGUCCCAAGAAAUGGUCCUAAACAGCUUAUCAAAUGUGCUCCGGUCAAUUAGGUGUGGUUGGGGUACUGGCUUACUUAUUGCUGUGGAAUUUUCAGACGACCUGAUAGUUAAGCUGCAAAGCAUGGUAUUUUGGUCACCACUUAUUAUUGGGUCAUAAUUUAAUGCACAACCAGAUGUGAUAUGAAUGAUGUUACCUUGCUUGCCAUGGUAAGAAGCAAGCAAUGACCUUGGUUUGCUCAGUGGUUU